GCUUGUGUGCUUAACCGAACAGCUACCAAAAUGAACGUGACGAACCUAGUGUUAGGCGUGGCUGACUUGUGGCUGGCGUCCAAACAUCCUCUGAGUCUGUCCCUCCAAUUCAAGCAAACGCAGAGGUAACCACUUCUCCCCAAGCCAAAUUGAUGGAACUGGCGGUGGUAGUGCAGAAGUGAGGAUACGGAGAUGGAGGAGGCAUAGGCGAGCUCUAUGUUCAUAUGUCCAGAUACAUUGAAUCUUCCUCAAAGACAUCGAUCGUCAUGUCGAAUCUUUCCUCAAAGAUUUCAGCAGCUGGAUGCACAUCUUCACAGUCUUUGGAUCAGGCUCGACGACGACAACAAGAAAGCUACUCCUACUGAGCAGGCAGUUUAGCCGGCGGCCGGCCGAUCCGCCGAUGCCAUUCUCGAACACCGAGCAAUCAUAACACGUACGUAAUCCUAGAUCUCAUCGGAAUGCGCGUAUAUAAAUAGACGGGCCAUGCAUUGAUAUAAGAUCACGAUCAUAUGAACUUGGUUGUGAACAGUAGGCAAGAAGAUGGUAAGCUCAUCAUUUGAUUCUGUGCCGGCCAGAUCGAGGCCGAUGGCGACAAUACAGGAGCACUUCCUGUUUGUGACCGAUCCGAUGCAGAGCCACAUCGACCCGGCGCGGCGCCUGGCAGUGCGCGUCGCGGCGGCAAUGCCCAACGCGCGCGUCACCUUCUCCACCGCCGUCAGCGGCCACCGCGACAUGUUCCCACACCUGACGUCCCCCGACGGCGAGGUCGUCCAGGGCGUCGUCUCCUACAUCCCCUACUCGGACGGCUUCGACGGCGGGUUCAAGUUCAACCCGGCGGAGGCGCACGGCGUCGGCGCCGGCGCGUACAGGGAGCGCGCGCGCGAGGUCGGGUCCGAGACGCUCGCCUCCGUCGUCGCCCGCCUCGCCAGGCGGGGGCACCCCGUGACGCGCGUCGUGUACACCGCGCUCGUCGGUUGGGUCCCCGCCGUCGCGCGCGCGCACGGCGUCCCCGCGGCGCUGUACUGGGUGAAGCCGGCCACGGUGUUCGCCGUGUACUACCACUACUUCCACGGCCACGGCGCGCUCCUGGACUCCUCCUGCUGCGCGAGCGACGUCGCGGACCCUCACGCCGCCGCCGUCGUCCGCCUGCCGGGCCUCCCGCCGCUGAAGGCCGACGCGCUGCCGUCCUUGGCGUCCAUGGCCUCGCCGGGGAGCCGCAACUACCUGACGCUCGACAUGCUGCGCGACAUCUUCGUGGCGCUGGACGAGCACACGCCCACGGUGCUCGUGGACACGUUCGACGCGCUGGAGCCCGAGGCGCUGCGCGCGGUGCCGCGGUUCAACCUCGUCGCCGUGGGUCCGGUGGUGGUGGAGGAGCCGUGCAGGCCAUGCGUGGAGCUGUUCCAGCCCAACGACGCCACCGCGUACGUGGACUGGCUGGACACGAAGCCGGCGCGCUCCGUGGUGUUCGUGUCCUUGGGCAGCGUCCUCUCGUUGAGCAAGCGGCAGGACGAGGAGUUGAGGCGCGGCCUGGAGGCCACCGGCCGGCCGUACCUCCUGGUGGCGCGCAAGGGCAACAAUGGCGGCGGCGGUGGGCAGGGGAUGGUGGUGGAGUGGUGCAACCAGACGAAGGUGCUGUCGCACGGCGCCGUCGGGUGCUUCGUCACGCACUGCCGGUGGGACUCGACGCUGGAGAGCAUCACGGGCGGCGUGCCGAUGGUGGCCGUGCCGAGGUGGGCGGACCAGCCGACCGUGGCAGCACUAGUGGAGGCGUCCGCGGGCGUGGGCGUGCGUGCGUGGGUGGACGGCGACGGGGUGGUGGGGCGUGGUGAGCUCCGGCGGUGCGUCGAGAUGGUCAUGGGAAGCACGGACAGUGCUUCGGCAGUGAGGGCACGAGCAGAGUGCUGGGGCCAACGCGCCAAGGAGGCGGCCGCCGUCGGGGGGACGUCGCAGAGGAAUCUCCGUGCGUUUGCGUCCGGGCUGUGAGUUGUGACCGAUGCGUCACGCAUAGUAUAUGGUCAAAAUAAACACGGAUUUUACUAUGAGCAUUCACGUUAAUAACGUUGCUGACAAGAUGAGCCGUUACUGCUCAUGGAGCAAUCAACACUUGACGUCUGUACAGCAA